AUGUCCGACUCGACCGCGACAUCGGGGUCGACUCUGACCUCGACCACGGUCUCCGGCACCGCGACGACCUCCAGCACCUCCGGGACCAACGAGGAGGCCGAGGCCCCGGAGGUCCUGCGAGCCCUCGAGUCGGAGCUCGCCUGCCUCCCCGGAGGACGCGACAGGACCGGGAGACCUCUCAUCCUGGUGAACGUCCCUCCUAGUGCGGUCCAUCCCGACACCGGGGCCAGGAUAGAGGCCCUGCUGAGAUACUUCCUCGGGAUAUUCAGCGAAGACACCUUGCGAGAUGGACUGGUGGUGCUGGUGGACGCGAGGAGGAGCGCCUGGAGAACGGCGAGGGCGUGCUCGAGGAGAGCGAUUCGAGCGAUUCGGGCGAUUCGCUCGGUCCAGGGCGAGGGAAAUCGCUUCGGGCUUUUGGUGCUGGUGGUCCGACCCGAGGGAUUUUGGGAGAAGCGCGUGGACAGCUGCGCUAAGCCCAAGGACGAAGAAUUCGAGACGAUCCACCUGCCCCUGUCGAAGCUGAUCAACCACGUCGAGGACUCGGAGUUGCCGAAGAGUCUCGGAGGGUCUCUGAACUACGACCACGCGACUUGGAUCCAGGAUCGUUUGCGCGUCGAGGAGUUCACGAGGAGGGCCACCAAGUUCCUGGCGGAGAUGACCGACCUCGCCGAGAGACUGGACAGGAGGUCGAGGUCGCCCAGAAGCGAAGCCCGGGUCGACCUUGGAGGAUCCACCACCUCCGAAGAGGAGCUGACCUCGGCAGCACGCGGAAUCCUCUUCACGGGGAGGAAUCUGCUGGAGAACGUGCAAGGUGCGACCGCACGAGACGUCCUGGAUACUGCCAGGAGGGUGGGCCAGCUUUUGGAGAGCAUCGAGGCGAAGCAGGUGGAGGUCAAGAGGGCCUGGAAGGCCCUAGAGGUUAGUCUAGAUGCGGCCAAAAAGAUGAGCGACCUGGAGGAAGGAGUAGCCAGGGUGACCAACUGGAUCCUGGGACCAGCCGACUGCAUGCUGAACUCGAGGUACCAGGUCGGCUUCGACGUUGCGUCCUCCGAAGAACUUCGGAGGGAACACGAAGAGCUGGAGCUGGAAUGUCGCGAGACGUAUGGGAGGUACGCCGAGCUCUUGCACAGGAUAGACAGCAUCCCUGACGAGGAGUCCUCGAUGGACCUGAAGUCUCAGAGGGACUUCAUGGACUUCGUCUGCAGAAGCUUCGCCUGCAGGCUGGAGAGACGCAGGAACGUCCUGAUAACCUGUCAGAGAUUCUUCAGACUGGUCUCGGAGUAUUUCGACAGAACCAGCGAGGUCUUCGACAAGCUGGUGAUGGGCAACCGGUUGCAAGACUUCUCUCAGGCCGCUGAGAAACUCUUGAACCUGGAGAAGAGCCAAUCCACGUUGGAGGGCAUCGAACGCAAGCUGGUGAAAGAGGGAGAGAAGCUAUCCGACAUUUUGUCGAUGCCUGUCAAAGAUGCACUUGGUCGAGAUGUGAACGUCGAUUACGGGGAAGACAUCGCAAACAUCCGCGACAUCCUGGACGCUACGAAUGCGAGAAAAAAUAUCUUCAAUGACAGUGUCGAGCUUCAAAAGCUCACCCUGAAGAGGGUCGCUCUGAUCCACACUUACGAGGUCGAGGCUGAACAGGCUGUUCAGUGGCUGAGCGACCUCUUCGAGGUCCUCGUCGGGAAGCACGUCGAGGUCGGCUGCAACGUGGAGGAGAUCCAAUUGCAGAAGGAGGAGCAUCAGUCUUUUCGCGAGACGGCGAGGAGUACCUACGAUUACGGACGGCAGUUAUCGAGGGCAGCUCGCGUCCUGCGGAUAUCCUGCAAACUGGAGGUGGGAUCCAACGAAGGUUUUUCCUCAAAAUUGUGGCGCGUCUGGAGGGAACUUCGAUUAGUCAGUCAGGAACAUCUCACCAGACUGAGAGUCUCCGCAGUGUUCCACAGAUCCGUAGAUGAUCACUGUGAGCGUCUGCGAGAGCUCAUCGACGCCGUGGCGGAGCCCCAGCGUCCGGCCGCCAUUUUGGAGAACGAGGCCGGAACCACUUCCGGCGCCCCUGGAGCGUCCUCGAGGGACGUCCUGGUCGAUCGAGAGAAAUUGUUGCUGGAGGUCGGCAGAACGGUUCGAUUGGGCAGACUCCUUCGCAGCAGACUGAAGGAGCCGAUAUAUCGGAAGGAGAUGUCCAGCCGCGACGUGGCGACUCCUUUGGACGGGAACUUGUCGGCGGUGGAGUCGAUUUCCGCCCAGCUGGCGGAAGUUACCAGGUUGGCGGAAAAACUCGACGCUACCCUUCGACUAGCCGGGGCCAGGACGAGGCCCUCCGAGGAAGUCUUCUCCGGACUCGACUCCCAGGAUCAGGAAUCUCGACCUGGGAAAAUCUCUCGCCGUCGUCGACGAUACAGGGAGAACUCCGACUCCAGUGCUACUCCGAAUGGAUAUAGCCUCCACAGUAAGGGAUGCGACGACGGAGAGUCGACCACGGAUGGCUAUGCAACUGCUCCGGAAUGCUCGUCCGAUACGAGGAUCAAUACGCCAACUGAUAUGCCAAUUGAUACGGUGUUUGACGCACCUUUGGACACUACGCUGGACACGAUAGGAAGCGGAUCCUUCUUUACAACCUCUGAGUGCGAAGAGGCUCUUUGGUGGAAGGACCAAGAGGAGUCUGCAAAACCGUCUUUCGGACCGGGGGAGACCGUGAAGAUCCUCCACGUGUCGAGGCCCUCGAGCGGAGGCGCCGAAGCUGCCCCGAAGGAGAACAUGCUCUCGAAGAGCGCGGAACUCCUCGAGAAACGCGUCGAGGAAAGGUCCGGCCUCGUCGCCAGGGAAGUUACGGAGACGACGACUCUGCGUGUGUCGCACAACACACACCUGGGGGUCGCCUCUUUCAGCCUAGUCUCGCACACCUUGCAAACGAAUGGCCAGCGAACCGACGUCGAGGACUUUCGCGACAUCCGCCGAGGACUGGCGUCGUCGCUGGACCUCGAAGAGCCCGUCAACGUCGCGGAAUAGAGAGACGUCCAUUUCAGGGGGUCCACGGAUGCCCGAAUUUCAUCCCACGGUGGUCCAGCAUAUCCUUGGCGUGGGAAUAACUCCUCCAGGGCGCAAGAAGCCGGAGGAAUUUGGCCGCAAUAAAACGAGGAAUUAUCGCGGGUGCGCGGCGCGUACCUCAAGGUGACGUUCCACAUGGCGCGCCGCACAUAUGAAAUUAUGUCACCCGUCCAUUUAUCCUCGCGACAUAAAACUUCGGGGAGGUAUAUACUUCCCGGCGACGUCAUUCGUACGAUUUUUCUCCGCACGUCCGACGUCCUAUCCGGCGUCCCCUCUCCACCGGGGCCUCUUUAAAUGCGCACCAAAAACCACACACCUCACCCAGGGUCUAUAAUAAAUUAAUAGAAGCCUAUAUUUUAUUAGACACUCGA